UGUGUCAAAAUGUCAUUAUCACGUCAGCCACACCUAUUAAAUAGUUUGAGGAGCUCCUAAUUUUUUUACGUUUUUUGUGAUUUUCCUAUUAACGUUAUCUGUAAAUUAAUAUGCGACUGCUAACAAUCUUAUUACUUUGUUCGUAUGAAUACUUAAUGACAUUAUUGAUAUUAAUGCUAAAAAUGUUUUUAAAUUAAUUACAAUAGUGAUGAGCUCAACCUGCAAAAACUAAAUGAGCUGAUCUGCUGAUCCUGAAUGGCUGAGUGUUUAUAGUCAGUAUUCAUAUCUACAAAUUUAAGUUGAUUUUUUUGGUGUCAGCUGACUUGAGCAAAUCACGUUGUGUCACAAGAUAUACCAUCAUAAUGUGUUUAUUUCCUCAAUCAAUGUAAAUGAAUGAGAUUUCUCUGUUUAUUCUCCUGAAGCUCUGCCGCCAUCAGUGAAAGACAAAGACAGAGUUUAUUGAAGGACAGUGAGAAGAUGAGUGAUCCAGAACCCUGCAGAAUUAAACAGGAAGAGACUGAAGAACUAAUAGAUGUGAAGGUGAAGGAGGAGAGUGAAGAACUGAGUGAAGAUGAGGAGAAACAUCAUGUCAAAAGUGAAGAAGAAACUCAAGAAAAACCAUUCACAUGUACUCAGUGUGGGAAAGGUUUCACACAUAUGUCGCGCCUUAAUGAACACGUGCUGAUCCACACUGGAGAGAGACCACACACAUGUGAUCACUGCGGCAACACGUUUUUGAGAGUUUCAGAGCUGAACAGACAUCGUAGAGUUCACACAAACCAGAGGCCUUAUUCAUGCUCUGAGUGUGGGAAGAGUUUUACGCAGAAAUCACAUUUAAAGGAUCAUGAGAAGAUCCACACUGGUGUGAGAGAGUUUGUGUGCUUUGACUGUGGGAAGAGUUUUAUUAGAGCUGGACAAUUGAAACGCCACCAGAUGAUCCACACUGCUGGAGAGAAAACUUAUGAGUGUUUACACUGCGACAAGAGAUUCAUACUGUCUGGUAGCCUUAAAUACCACACAAUGAUUCACACUGGAGAGAGACUGUACACAUGUACUCAGUGUGGAAAGAGUUUGACACAAAUAUCAAACAUUAAUGAACACAUGAUGCUCCACACUGGAGUGAAAACACACACAUGUGAUCAAUGCGGUAAAACAUUUUUGAGUCCUUCAGAUCUGAAGAGACAUCUUAGAGUUCACACAAAGGAGAAGCCUUAUCCAUGCUCUGAGUGUGGAGAGAGUUUUACACAGGAGUCACAUUUAAAAGAGCAUCAGAAGAUCCACACUGGUGUGAGAGAGUGUGUGUGUUUUGAGUGCGGGAAGAGUUUUAUUACAAAUGGAGACUUAAAAAAACACCAGAGGAUUCACACUGGAGAGAAACCGUACACGUGUUCACACUGCAACAAAGCAUUCAGAGAAUCAGGACACCUGAAAACACAUGAGAGGACUCACACCAGAGAGAAACCGUUCACAUGUACUCAGUGUGGGAAGAGUUUCUCACAAUCAUCAUCCCUUAUUGAACACAAACUGAUGCACACUGGAGAGAAAACACACACAUGUGAUCAGUGCAGCAGAACAUUUCUGAGAGUUUCAGAGCUGAAGAGACAUCUUAGAGUUCAUAAAAACCAGAGGCCUUAUCCGUGCUCUGAGUGUGGAAAGAGUUUUACAAAGAUAUCACAUUUAAAAGAUCAUCAGAAGAUCCACACUGGUGUGAGAGAGUUUGCCUGUUCGGAGUGUGAGUGGAGGUUUGCGAAAGCUGCAAACUUGAGACGACACCAGCUGAUUCACACUGGAGAGAAAACAUUUGGACAUUCAGGAAACCUGAAAACACAUGAGACGAUCCACACUGGAGAGAAACCAAACGAAUUUGAACACUGCAGCAAAACAUUUAUGACGUCUUCAGAGCUGAAGAGCCAUCAUAUAAACCAGAGGCCGUAUUCAUGCUCUGAGUGUGGGAAGAGUUUUAGACAUCAGUCAAAUUUAAAAGAGCAUCAGCAGAUCCACACUGGCGUGAGAGAGUUCGUCUGCUCUGAGUGUGAGAGGAGUUUUAUGAAAGCUGCAGACUUGAGACGACACCAGCUGAUUCACACUGGAGAGAAACCGUACACGUGUUCACACUGCGACAAAACAUUCAGACAAUCAGGACACCUGAAAACACAUGAGAGGAUUCACACUGCAGAGAAAAAUCACAAAUUAAGAAAAGCAGAAUGAAAUUUCCUUCCUGAAAGCUCUACUCUAUAUUCACACACAUCAGAUUUCUCAGCUAAUCAGCCCCUGUUAUGCAUUAUAAAAGGUCCUGUUUUGGUUUUGGGGUCUCCAGCAACGGACUGAUGUGAAUACAAGCUUAAAGAACACUGUCAUUGUCUUAUAAUAUGCAUUUAUUUUUACCUAAUGAUCCCAUCGACUCCCAUAUGAUUUGUUCAUGAUUCAUUCUGUCCAAACCUUUGCUGUGUGUGACGCCAAUCUGCGGUGAUUGGUCUGAUGACCCAGUCUGUUGUUAUUGGUCGAUUGCAUUCAGUGCAAGACUGAUAGGAAGCCUUACAUCAUCCUUUUUUUUAUUAUGCACGGUAGUAUUGUAUACCGAGGUAAAAUAGGGUGGAGGUUUGGCGGUAUCAAAAUUUGGAGACCGCUUAAGCCUAAUUCUAGUUCUCUCGUCCCAGAGUCAGUGGGUUAUUUGAAUGGGAUUUUGGUUAAAUGGCUUUGUUACGACCUCAAAAAUGUCUAGGGCUGAAGUCGAACAUAAAAAUUGUAGAGAAAAUAAAUAAACAGUUAGCAGGUUUGAUUUUUAAAUGACCUUUAAGGUUCUUUUAUUGUGAGAAGGUGGAAAAGGUUUGUAUUUACAAUAAACAAAUAAAUGAGCGCAAACAAAAAGCUUCAGGGCUGAGCAAGGCCAAAAUAACAAACAAAACAUUUACUAACUCCACCCCGAAGAUAACUUACCUACUGAAUCAAAAAUAAAUGAAGAAAAUAAAUUACAAACACUACCCUUACUCCUUAACUAAACGAAAAAACAGGAGAAAAUCAGUGUCAAAGUAAAUGGCGCUCAGCCCCUACGGCGCUCAGCUCACAGGUUUAUCAAACGGUACUUGACAAUCACAAAAAAAUUGGAGGGGAGAGGAAAAAGGGAGAGAACACCUUAAUGUUCACAAUUCAUAAACAAACAGAAGCACUAUGAUACGUUUUCCACACGAACGCCACACUCUUAGAAAAACUCUCCGUCUCUCCCCCCAGCGAUCUGACUCCGUUGGUUCCUUUUUAAAAAAUGCUGACUUCCUCCAGCACCAACCACAGCGCACGCACGCAGCACGUCCAAUUAGGGCGGGGUAACCUGGAAACAGGAACGGGACAGGACGAGAGAGGGAAAAAGAGAGACACACCCACACAGCAGCACAGAAACAACCCAAUACGCUCUUGCGUAACAGGCUUAAAUAAGGUUGGUGGCAAACAAACUCAAGAUACUUUCACGAUUUAUUCUACGACACUAAACACAUCACUCUUGACUUUUUAAAUCGGUUCUGCUUCUGUAAGUAGACGGUUGCUCAAUGGGUCUACAGGUGAUGUCGGACUCAUUAUACGUCAUCGAGCUGAACUAGUCUGGAAUGAAGCCCGCUUUUACAGCUUGUGUCGGGCGUUUGGAUUUGUCUGUUUUGGUUCAGUAUUUUCGUAAGUAGUGUUUUAUAGUUUGAUGUGUUUAUCUAAUUAGAUAUUCAUAUUGUGUGUAGAUAAUGCCUUCACUUGUAGAGACCGUCAUGACAGAUUCAUUUGUUGAUCAUUUAUCUUAAUAAAACAGUUUUAUGAAGAUACUGCUGACCAUA